UAUUGUUACUAGUUAAAUAUAAUGCCUCCAAAAGAUCCAGAAUUAAUUGCUCUUAGAAAAGAACUAGAAGAUUUAAUUGCCAAAUGUCAGCAAGACCAAAAAAGCAAACAAGACAAAACCAUUGAGGAAAUAUCUAAUGGAAUGGCUGAUGCGCCAAAGUGUAAAUUGGCAACUAAGAAAAUGCUCAAAGGACAUAUUAAUAAAGUAAACUCUGUCCAUUAUAGUGGUGACAGCAGACACGCAGUUUCCGGAUCGUUAGACGGCAAACUUAUCAUAUGGGACACAUGGACUGGUAAUAAAAUACAAGUUAUACCAUUACGUUCAGCCUGGGUCAUGUCUGUAGCAUUUGCACCGACGGGAAACUAUGUCGCUUGUGGAGGGAUGGAUAAUAUGUGCACAGUAUACGACUUAAAUAAUCGUGAUUCAAACGGAGGAGCGAAAAUGGUACGCGAGUUAUUGGGUUACGAAGGAUUUUUGUCGUCUUGUCGAUUUGUCGAUGAUAAAACYCUAAUCACCGGAUCUGGAGACAUGAAAAUUUGUAUGUGGGACUUAGAAGCUGGUAAAAGAACAAAUGAAGUAGAAGCUGCUCACUGUGGAGAUGUCGUGUCAUUAUCGUUGGCACAGGAUCAAAAUAUUUUCGUAACGGGUAGCGUGGACAAGACUUGUAAAUUAUGGGACCGUAGGGAAUUAAAGUGUAAACAAGUGUUUUUUGGACACGAGGCUGACGUGAAUUCUGUUUGUUUUCAUAACAGCGGAUACGGAUUUGCUACAGCUUCGGAGGAUAAGUCCGCCCGUCUGUACGAUAUUAGGUCUGAUCAACAAAUUGCUAUGUACAAACCACCGAAUUCCACUUCAGGAUUUACUUCGUGUGGUCUGUCCACGUCCGGAAGGUUUCUGUUGGCUGGAAGUGAUGAUAACUCGGUUCAUGUAUGGGACACGAUGAAAGUCCAACACAAUGGUACUUUGAACGGACACGAGAAUAGAGUGACUUCUCUGAGUGUGUCACCAAAUGGUAUGUCUGUGGUCACAAGUUCYUGGGACAUGAACGUACGUGUUUGGGUUUAAACGAGGAAACUGUUAUGUAUAUUACUAUACCUAUAUGAUCACUUAAUAUGGCUAGUUUUAAAUUCACUUAAUUAUAGGUACCUAUAUAAAAUAAUAUAGUAUAAUA